AUGUCGACGAACGGAUAUAAUUCAUACAACCUCUCCUACCAACAAUCUUCCGCCCAACGAUAUGCAUCAUAUCAUACUGCGCCCGCUUCGAACAACAUCACCCAAUCCGCCCACCAGUACCAGCAACCACCACCAACGACGCAAGCCCAACAAUACAUGCCCUACCCAACACAGUCACAUACACCCCAGAACAGCGGAUAUGGAACUGGAGCCACAUGGAACAACGACGCAUACGGUGCAACUCGCGAGACAACAAAACAGGCUGCCGAGGUUCUGCACAAUAUGAGUAACCCCUCGUAUGCACCUAGCACCACACCUGCGACCACCCAACCCACCUUCAUCACCAAUACUACCACGUCGUCGCAUCCCAGUCACUAUGCCAGUUCCAAUGCCCCGCAAGUCCUAGCGCAGCAGAGCCAUUCUCUUUAUGGACAAUCGCAAGCGCACCCACAGAGUGUUAACAAUAAUCGUGCUCUACCGUCUCCGGUCACAGCAUUAAAGAGCCAUCUGCACGCAACGCAGUCAAUAUAUAACCGACAACAGCAGCAGCGCUCUGACAGCCCAGCCCAGUCUCAAUACACUACCGCACAAGCCAACAAUGCACGAACCGCAACUAUGAUGGCUACAGCAAAUCAGCAGUACGGCGGUUACGGCAACCAGCAGGUUGCUAGCGUCGAGUCCUCGCGCGGGUCACAAAAUCACACACCGUCAAACGUCAAUAAUUACAACACUGCGCCAAUGCCCCCAGCUGCGCCUUCUGCACCCACUGUCAGCAUAGCCGAUACAUACCAUACACAGGGCACAACUACUGUAGAUCCACUGGCAGUGUACGACCCAUGGCCGGAAUAUCAGCGAAAACAGGCAGCAAGGAAGGCGAUUGAGGAAGCGGCACGCGCCGAAGAGGAAAGGCUUGCAGCGGAGACGCGCAAAAUAGAAGAGGAGCGUAGACGGCAAGAAGAGAGCGAAAGCUUGCGACAACCACAACCAAAGUCCAAUGCGAACCAAAGUCAAAAGGAGCAGCAACCAAACACAGUCGAGGUGGCUGCUGCACCUCCGGCUGGCGAAUAUGGUCUUAGUGAUGCGUUGGAAGCCGAGAUUCGUGCAAUGAUGGCGAAAAUGCGUGAACUCAACAGCAAAGACCCGAGUCUCCUUGCGCGCAUCUGGGAAGAGGAACGAAGAGCAAAACCAAAAUCACAGACAACACAGAGCAAGCCUACGCCCCCAGAUACUGCACCGCCACCUGCUGCUGCCCAGUCUACACAAUCUGCUCAUGCUAGCACUCCGCAGUCUGCAAACUCAGAGGAGAACAUUUCACAUAGAGAAACGAUGAGCACAAAUGUAUUUAAGCCGGCUACUCCCGUUGUCGCUCAGGCUGAACCGGUAAGGCGAACCCAGACGCCGGCCAGUCGACCCGCCGGCAACACUGUUUGGCCAGCAGAGAAGAAGGCACAUCUAGCAAAAGCAGCCGCAGCAUAUCUAAAUGACUACAACACUUUUCGCAAAAUUCUACCUGCUCGCAUAAUAACUCUACUCAAUAGCAACCCUUCUUAUAUCCAACUAUGUGAGCAGCUUGAGCAGAUGGAGUUUAAACUAGAUCGUGCAGCCUUUGCUAAAUGCUUGCUCACAGCUGUGCCAGAUGUAAACUCAAAAUCGCGUCAAUCUUUACCUCAAGCACCAGCUCCUGUGCAGACACCGCCUGUCCCACCUGCCGUAAUGAAGAAGGAUAUUUCAGCCUCUGUCGCACCUAGCCCACAAGACACGCCAGUUUCAGGCCCAUCGGCUCCAGGUCCACCAGCAAGUACAGAACAGUACACGCCAUUUCCAAAUCACGGCUCACCGGCAGGCCCUUCACCAAACACACCUGCACCUGCACCUGCACCUGCACCAGUCGUCGAGAUGAUGCCCAUCAAGCCUGAGUUGCGGAAGCCUGCUAAUAAAGAAGAGGCUGCCCGAAAGCGCAACCUGAGCGACCUCGUUGAUUUAACGCAACUUUCAGAAGACGAGGAUAUGGGUCCACCACCCAAGAGGCUGGAUUCUGGUGCCAUGCAUAUAUCUGAUCCUCAGGGUACAACGAAUGGCGACAAGCAAAUGUCGACUUCUAUCACCAAUGGACCACCGCAGUCUUUUAUGCAACAAUUGCCAGCGCUACCUAACAGCCUUAGAUAUACCACCUACGUUAAGCCACUAGAUCGGAAUAAAGCACUACGUCGAAAUACUUACAAUCCUGCAACAAUUGCACGCGAUGUCUUGAUCGCUUGUGGAAGACACCCGUCUCAGCGUAAUCUAAACCAGCAUUUAGACCAGCUAAGAACAAGUUUGCCUAAUGUCACGAUGGAGUCGGACCUCAGCACUAUUAGGUGGGAUCUGAUCGAUCCUGGCAAUCCACCUCCGGACUACUUCAAGGAGAGAGUCGAAGAUCUCACGCAAGAUGCAGACGAGGAUUCGGGUCAUGACGAGAGACCGCGUCCCCGCUCUCCGUCGAAUGCGAUUGGUGGUGAGGGUGGGGCUCAGGUAAAGGCCCAAGCUUUACCUGAAGCUAUCAAUCCAUUCAUCAAGAAGAAGCGACGCGGUCGACCUCCGCGAAACUCUUUACCCGACACCACUGAGCCUGUGAAUCAGCCUGCUCCCAUGAGUUCAAGUGACCGACCUGCCUCAGGUGCUAGCGGCGUGGGCUAUUCGGCAUUUCGAUCUGCUACACAGUACAACCCUGACGGAACACCAAUUCCUAAGAAGAGAGGUCGCCCUGUUGGUUGGAGAAAGGCUAUCCAUGGAUCUGCUACCACGCAGGCUCAAACGAAUUCAAACAAAGACACUGGCCUCUUGAAUAAGUAUCAGCCGCUACAGUCAAGCUCCUUGCGCAAUGUGCGCCCAGAUGAUGCAGCAAUUCGUAUCGACUCGAGGUCGCCGAGUGUCGUGAACCGUGUCUUUCAGUCGUACAAGUGCAAAUGGCUAAACUGCAAAGCAGAGCUACAUAACAUGGAUACCCUGAAGAAACAUGUAUUCAAAAUACACCAUAAAGACACGGUCGGCAACGCUUUGAAUUGUCUGUGGGAUGAUUGCGGCCAAGAUACCCAUUCACCUUCUUUUGACCUGGAGAGCAACUGGCGCAACCAUGUACAGCAGGCGCACUUUGAUCCGCUGUUAUGGGAGCUUGGCGAUGGACCAGCCAGUGGUCUCUCUGACUCGCAUGACUCUGAUGCUUAUCUUAGCGAUGCGCAAGGUCGACAAGUUACUCCACGCAUUAUAGUCGACCCCGAGCGCCUAGAGGCGCUUAGUUUGUCUCCACCAGGUUUACUAUCACGAGGUCGCGGACGGCCUCCGAAACGCACCCUAGAGCAAGAAGCUCGUGAUGCGCACGAUAGGCUCGUGUCGCUGAAAAUGCGCAUAGGAGGGCCGGGCAUGGAUUGUGGAGGGACAACACUUGUGAACGAUAAGCGGCGAAGAGGUCUUAUUGAUGUCGAUGAGACAGAAGAGGAGGUUGUCAACGUGGAGGACUGA